AUGACUAGCUUCAGAGUGGUUAUCGUUGGGGGUAGUAUCGCUGGGCUCACCUUAGCCAACAUACUAGAGCGAUAUGGCAUUGAUUACAUUGUUCUCGAGAAGCAUGAUGAUAUCGCACCACAACUCGGAGCGAGCCUAGGCUUACUACCCCACGGAUCGAGGAUUUUAGACCAGUUGGGGAUCAAUGACAAGCUGAAGACCCAUGCAGUGCCGGUGCAAUAUACCAUUGACUUUGGUCCAGAUGGGCACCAGUUGAAGGCCGCGGAGAAAAUCGGUGAUCUCAUGGAAGAUCUACUUGGAUAUCGCAUGUGGUUCAUGGAUCGGCAGCACAUGCUACGGGCCUUGUACGACAACUUGCAGGACAAAUCCAGGAUUCAUGCUUCUAUGGAGGUCCUCAACAUCCAAGAGCUGGAUGAUGGCGUGCAGGUCGGGAUGAAAGACGGAUCUACAAUCCGUGGAGAUAUCCUCAUUGGCGCCGAUGGAGUACAUAGUCGCACGAGAACUGAGAUGUGGCGCCUUGCGGACAUGGAGGAACCCGGUUUUGGCACAACACGGAUGAAAAAGUCAAUCUCUUGCACAUAUAGAUGUAUUUUCGGCAUUUCGAAACGUCCACAUGAGACCCUCGACGGAGCAGCAUAUAAAGCCUUUUUCAGGGGUAGGUCUUAUCUUUGUCCUAUGGGACCCGACAACAAAGCGUAUUUCUUUGCAUUUUUCAAAAACCCCGAGACCAAGAUUCAUCAGGAUAUCCCGCGCUAUUCAGAAGACGAGGCAAAUGAGUUAGUCGCUGCCUAUGCCAAUGACCACCUAUUCAACGGUCAUACAUUUGGCGACAUUUAUGAGCGUCGCAUGAGUAGCGUGCUCGUGCCCAUUGAAGAAUUCGUGCUCGAAAAAGCUUCCUACAAAAGAGCCGUACUAAUCGGGGAUUCUUUCCACAAGAUGAAUCCAUUGACAGGACAAGGUGGAAAUGCCGCAAUCGAGUCCGCAGGAUUCUUCUGCGAUCUUCUGAAAGAAGCACUCGAGGAGAGUCCAUAUCCGGAUUAUGAUAGAAUCCAACGCAUCUUCCACGAGUAUGAAAAGGAACGCGGUUCCAGAUCAAAAAAGAUGAUGGAGAAUGUCAAGAAGAUUCAACGCAUGGAAGCUCUUGAUACCCCCUUCCAGAGAUAUCUUCAGCUCAAUGUCGUUUCCAAGCUGGGUGGCUUGCACAUUGCUCCGCUUCUCGCAUCAGGUUCUACGCCUGGGCGUACACUGCGAUACCUACCGAAGAGUACCCGGCCAUCUGGAGCGGUCGCAUUAAAUGAGCAAGUCCAAAUAAAUGCACAUGACCGGUCGACAACAGCAACUGUGUUUUGGAUGGGGUCGAUGCUUUUUGUUGCAUUGCUUAGCUCGCUUCUGUCUCGAAGACAGGGUAUUGGUCGGGGCCUGGACUAUGGACCUGGGCCGUUGCAGGUCUACAAGUCUUUCAUCACGAUCGCCAUCAGUGGGUUCUGGGCAGUUGAAUCAUAUCGACCAGGACUCCUCAUCUCACCCCUGUUCAGCUCAAUCCCGUAUUUGGUUGCCUCGUUUGCACUUGGAUGGGAGAUUGUCUUACCGGUCUAUUUCGCUAUCCACAUCUACAUGAGCGGACAACAACCAUUCUAUUAUCCUUCCCCCAGAGCCAUUAAUCUCUGGGCUGCGAAAGCCCUACCACUUGGAAUAUUGACCAUAUAUGUUCCAACUGUGGCUGCUGGUGCCGCCAUUUUAGGACAGAAUCCAAAGAAGAAAGGACCUAUCGGAGGGGAACAGAUGAUACUGGCUGUCCAUGCUAGUCUUCCCCUUCUUCUUCACCUUGGCAAGCACUUCUUCCAGAUCGGCGCCAAGGAACUCUCAAUCAGUCAGAUGCUUUUUGGAGCCCGAGACACGAGAUACAUAUCACGCUUCUUUAAUAUUAUGAUUUUUGUUUCCAGCACGUCGCAUUUGGUUCUCGCGAGCAUGUUCUUCCCCCGAAACGUGUCUGAUAUUCGCAGCUUGACUAUCACACCCUCAGUUCAACUUGUGCAGGUCGGGUGCUUGACUCUUGCUGUUGUGGUGUGGUGUACAUUUACAAUUUGGGAUAUGCGCCGCGUGAACCUAACCAAGGCUUCACCUUUGUUGACGCUCAUUUCUACAUUACUUGCUAGCUUCAUCAUUGGUCCUGCUGCAGUUUUCUCUGCCCUGUGGAAGUGGCGUGAGGCUGUUUUAGAGGAGGGCAGGCAGAGAAAAUGA